UUUUUCCCUAUUUGCGCCGGGCCACGUCACGUGAGAGCCGAGGACACUCAGCUGGGAUUUGGCUGCGGCGCGUGUGCCGGUGACGUUGGGGGGACGCACCCCCAGGCCUGACCUUUGCCCCAAAUCCCUUCUCAAAUUGGGGGGGGGGCGGCUCUGGAUUUUGGGGGGUGUUUUGCAGGACACAGCGCUCGCUCCCCUCUUUAUUCCCCCCGCGUUGAGCGGGGGAAGCCGGAGCCCGGGGCCAUCCCUGCAGGCAGGUGCUGAAUGGCGGGUGCUGGCGCUCUCGCCUCCUUCCCCACACCCCCCCUGCAUGAAUUCCCUUAUCCCCCCCAAAACAGACCCGGCAUCGCACGGGGAUCCCCAGCCGGGGGGGUUCCACCGGGGACGGAUUUGGUGCUGGGAGCCACUGCCGGUUGCUUGGCCUGUGUCCUCACCAACCCGCUGGAGGUGGUGAAGACGCGCUUGCAGCUCCAGGGCGAGUUGCAGCCCCCCGGGACGUACCCCCGGCCCUACCGGGGGGUGCUGCGGGCGCUGGGGGCCGUGUGCCGGGCCGACGGGGUGCGGGGGCUGCAGAAGGGUUUGGCCGCCGGGCUCCUCUACCAGGGGCUGAUGAACGGCGUCCGGUUUUACUGCUACUCCUGCGCUGAGGAUGCCGGUUGGACGCGGUACCCCGGGGGUACCGUGGCCGCCGGGGCCGUGGCCGGGGCGGUGGGAGCCGUGGUGAGCAGCCCCGCGUACCUGGUCAAGACCCACCUCCAAGCGCAGACACUGGCCGCUGUGGCCGUGGGCCACCAGCACAACCACGAGAGCAUCUCCGGGGCUUUCGAGAGCAUCUACCGGCAGCACGGGGUGCCGGGGCUGUGGCGGGGGGUGACGGGCGCCGUGCCCCGCGUGGCCGUGGGCUCGGCCGCACAACUCGCCACCUUCGCGGCCGCCAAGGACUGGGUCUGCCAGCGCGGGUGGUUCGGGGAGGGCAGCUGGGCCGCGGUGCUGGCGGGGGGCAUGGUGAGCGGCGUGGCCGUGGCGGUGACCAUGACGCCUUUCGACGUGGUCAGCACCCGGCUCUACAACCAGCCCGUGGACGCCGACGGCACGGUAAGGAUUUCGGGGGGGGACGCGGCUUUUCCCGGGGUUGCACCCGGCCGGGGGUGCGCAGCCGGCUCCUCUCUCCCCAGGGCAAGCUCUACCGGGGUUUUUGGGAUUGCGUCCUGCAAAUCUCCAGCAAAGAGGGGCUGCUGGGCUUGUACAAGGGCAUCGGCGCCGUCUACCUCCGCCUUGGCCCCCACACCGUCCUCAGCCUCUUCUUUUGGGAUGAGCUCAGGAAGAUGGUGCAGCACCAGCAGCCCCCCCAGCCGUAGGACGGGCUCCCCGCCCCGCUGCGGCUGUUAAUAAAAGGGGAUUUUCUAUUUA